AUGGACUCGCUUACGACUCACCCGUCGAACGCGCAACAGGCCCGUGCCUUCACCUCGCCGUCGUCGCUCUCCUUCCCCGGUGGCGCCGCUGACUUGACCCCUCCCUCUUCCGAGAAGGAAAUCCAAGGUGCCAACGGUAUGAUGAACGGCCAAGCUGGCGGAAAUGCCAUGAACGGCAACGGGGUGAUGCCCGCUACCCCGGCUACUCCGGUCGCUACCCCGGGGGCUACUACCGGAAGCAGUGGCAUUGUGCCAACUUUGCAAAACAUCGUUGCUACCGUCAACCUUGACUGUCGCCUGGACCUCAAGACCAUCGCGUUGCACGCUCGCAACGCCGAGUACAAUCCUAAGCGUUUUGCCGCCGUUAUCAUGCGUAUCCGUGAGCCCAAAACCACUGCGCUGAUCUUCGCCUCUGGCAAGAUGGUCGUUACCGGUGCCAAGUCCGAGGAUGACUCCAAGCUGGCCUCGCGCAAGUAUGCGCGUAUCAUCCAGAAGCUCGGUUUCAACGCCAAGUUCACCGACUUCAAGAUCCAGAACAUCGUCGGUUCUUGUGACAUCAAGUUCCCCAUCCGCCUGGAGGGUCUGGCUUCUCGUCACCACAAUUUCUCGUCCUACGAACCUGAACUUUUCCCCGGUCUGAUUUACCGCAUGAUGAAGCCCAAGAUUGUGCUCUUGAUUUUCGUCAGUGGCAAGAUCGUCUUGACUGGUGCCAAAGUGCGCGAGGAGAUUUAUCAGGCUUUCGAGAUGAUCUAUCCUGUGCUUUCUGACUUCCGCAAGGUCUAA